AUGGCAUCUGCAGAAGUCAAUUCUGCUCUGCAGGAAAUCCAAGCAGCUCCCGUCAGCGACAAACCUACUCAAUACCACACUCUUCUCCAACAAAUCACCGCUUCAUCGAAGAACCUCGCCGACGAUCUAAACGCCUACUCCCGUACCUUACUAGAUGACAACCUUGGCGUCGUUAUCCUCCGCCCUCUCGUCAGCAAUUUCGUAGAACAGUUCCGCAACCUCAAAACCCCAGAGAUCAAAAUUGAAGUUGGCGAGAAUGUGAUUGCGCUCCUUCAGACCAAAGGCGUUGGCCAGUACGAGGAGCAGGACACGCUGAUCAAGGAGGCGGUGGCAGAAGCUUGCGAAGAGAUAGAAGACUACCGGAAGUCUGCGCGAGUGUUGGGGUCGAUCAAUCUAGAGUCGACGCAACGCUCAUUAUCCAACGACGACAAAGCGAAGGUCUGGAUCCGGAUCGUACGGUGCUACUUGGAAGAAGACGACCCAACAAGCGCACUCACACAUCUCAACAAAGUCAAGAACGUCAUCUACAGCGUUACGGACAAGGAGACACGGAUACACUUCCAGCUCAGCCAAGCGCGCAUCCACGACUCGCAGCGCAACUUCCUUGACGCAGCGAAGGCGUACUACACACUAUCUCUCGAGUCUAGCAUCGCGGAGGAAGAACGACAUCAAGCACUUGGCUCCUCGAUCGUGUGCGCCGUACUGUCCCCUGCAGGCCCACCCCGCUCGAAGAUGCUCGCUACACUCUACAAAGACGACCGCGCGAGCUCCGUCGAGAAUCACUCUGUGCUGGAGAAGAUGUUCUUCGACCGUCUUAUUCCUCCGCAAGAGACCAAAGCCUUCGCGGAGACACUGCAACCGCACCACCUCGCCCGCACAGCCGACGGAUCCACCGUGCUCGACCAGGCUGUCCUCCAACACAACCUCGUCGGCGCGUCGAAGCUCUACAAUAACAUCGGCUUCGAUCAGCUCGGCGAGCUUCUUGGUAUCGACGCGGAGAAGGCGGAGGACUAUGCGGCGAAGAUGUUUGAGCAGGGCAGGCUGAGUGGGUACAUUGAUCAGAUUGACCGGCUCAUAUUCUUUGAGGGCGAGGCCAGCGGGGAGCGGAAGACGGGGCAGUCGGAGCGUGUGGUGGGUAAGGAGCUGAGGAAGUGGGAUGCGAAUGUGCAGGGGUUGGCGGAGGAGGUGGAGAAGGUGACGACGAUGAUUCAGACACAGUAUCCGGAGUUCUACGCUGCGCAGACGGUGCAUUGA